GAUUGCUAGAAGUGAAAUCGACUCACGUGGCGCACAGAAGUGUCAUAAGCGCAGCUCGGACAUUUUCAAAAGUUCAGCCGUUGAUAGCCUCUAUAUAUUACAUCAGGAAAUCGAAGCAGAUGGGAGAAGAACUUAUGAACGAAAUGGAUUGCGAUUUAGAUUUAACUUGUGGCCAAAUGACUGACUCACUUAGCAGUGAACUUGAGCGGAUGGCUGGACCAAGUCACAUGGACGAUAUUGCCCCUUACACGACACAGGAGUCGCGGCAUGCUCGCUGGAUGAUGGCGGGAAUGAGAGCUUGCUCCAUCGACGGAAGACGGACACGCAGGGGAGAGGACCACGUCAGACGACCCAUGAAUGCAUUCAUGGUUUGGGCAAAGUCAGAGCGAAAGAGGCUGGCUUCACAGAAUCCUGAUAUACACAAUGCUGAUCUUAGCAAGAUGCUAGGUCAGAAGUGGCGCAACCUAAAUAUCGUAGACAAGAGGCCGUUCAUAGAGGAAGCUGAGCAGAUUCGCCUGCAGCACAUCCAAGAUCACCCCGACUACAAAUACAGGCCUCGCAGACGAAAGCAUCCAAAGAGAGUGUCCAGGCGGAUGUCAAGCAAGGUCGAAUCAAAAGGUCCCGUCCCUUCCCCUAGCAUCAUGGUGAAAGAGGAAUACAGUCCAAGCAUGGGGUCCACCAUGCUUACGCCAGAGUCAUCCCCGUGCACGAGCCCUAACCCAGACGUCCAGCAGAGGUGCCAGAGUCGGGCCUUGGAGAAGCUUCCAGGCAUAGCUGGGCUGCUCACACCUGAGAUGUCACCGAUGGAACGCAAAGACAACUUCUUCCAAUUCCCAUCUGCCCAAAAGAAGUCACCACCGGUGAGCGACCUCCUACGCAUGUUCGGCUCUAAGCGAACCCCAACUUCCUUCAGUCGGGUGUACACACCCACCAGCACCAAUCUGACGACCUCAUCAGAGAACCUUGUCACAUUGAGAGCCCUCGUCUCCAGCCCUACCCUCCUGACAUCUACACGUCUGUCCAUGCAGAAUGCCAUGCAGAAGACAUCCACUGUGCAGACGACACCCAAGAUGGAGGCACACGACCAGAUGACGUAUCGGCGGACAGUGAGUAUGCCAGCAAAUUAUCACCAAGGUAACGGAGAUCUCACCCAAGUCAGUUGCUCAAAACAGGGUCAAAGCCACAACACCUUCGAUAUGACAUCAUCACAGGAUAGUACGUAUACGAAUACCCCUGAUCUGACAGUAUUACAACAGUUUUCAACAGCGGAACAACUCGAUGACGUAGACAAAAAGGAAUUUGAUCAAUACUUCGGAUUGGACAAUUUCAGUCAGGUCAUGCCUCAAACUUAUCAAUACAACAUGCCGUCAUGCCAGGAUGACAAUGCGAAAGUUCCUCAGAAUCCAAUGGUUUAUAAUCAAAGCAGUAACUAUGACGAUGAAUCAUUUACAAUGUACAACCCUGAGGGUUACAGUGACAAUUACGACAUCGACGACGGUGGUUCCUGUCUGAUCUCGGCGCUGACAAAGACCAGGUAUUGCUGAUCUCAGCAAGUGACCUAGUUUACUGUGCUUGCUUGGGGAAGUGCAACUGUGAUUUGGCAGAAAUGUCAAGUGUUUUGCAGGAAAACUAUUGAUUAUCUGUCACUUAGACCUGAUUAUAACCUGGUUUAGUGACCUCAUCGGCGUACCUCGCCAACCGGGUGCGUUGAAACUGGUCAAGGCUGGAUAAAGCAAAGUGUGGGUGGCUGAGUCACCUCUUGUUGAUGAUUCAGCCACUUGGAGAAUGAUAGAACACAGAGCAAACGGGAUAAGAUCAGUCUCUAUAGCAUCAUCGUGACCUUCAAAAAAGGUCACUGUCGGGCGGCCUCUUUGGUGAAUUUGACGCCAGAAUUAUGAUUUCCAAUUCAGACAAAUUGAUCCCUGAUCAGAUUCAGCGGGAAAAAAAUUUGACUUGACAUACCAUGCAUGUCCGAACAAACGGUGAUCUUGUUCAUCACAGUUCUGGAGGUUAAGUUCAUCAAAGUAGCCGAUUCGGAGUCUUCUGCUUUCAGCUCAAAAAGCCAAAAAUAUCAAAAUGUUAUCACAAAGUUUUAAAUGUGUUUUCUUAUUUGUAUCAAAUAGGCGCUAAACGGUCAAGACUGUUUAAGGUUGGUGGCAUAUUUAGAGAGUGAAGAAUCUAUUUAGUGGUGGCCAUCUUUUGAACAGGGGGUCUUCAGCAUAAUGAGUGCCAUCACUUUUAACACAAUCUUACUUUAAUGUGAGGUUGUUUCCGUUCUUAUUACAUGUAUUAUGCAUAAUACCAAGUAUAGAUUAGAAUCCAUACUUGGUGAUACUCUAGGAACUGUCAUGAAUGGCUUUUCUAUUUUUUGGUGAGCAGAUAUCGAAAUCUCAAUGUGAUAUUUUGAUUGCAUUUAUUAAAAAUGUGUGACUUUAGGCCAGUAAACAAAUGUAACUGAUAUCGUGGAUAAGCCAAAGAACAGAAACCAUUCAACUAUUUUCUAUAAAGGAAAGAAACAAUGUACAAAGGAGAAAUUGUGCAGAGUGUCAAACCGUGUGCACAGUUGUGUUCUCUGGCCAGGUUUUGACGACGAGUUCAUGUAUGUCGAAGGAGAGUAAUCAACAGCUUCGGAUUGGGAACUUUCUGGAUUAACCCACUUUCCAUUGCGUCAUUACCAGGCCCUUGAUAAAUCCAAUCAGGCCUUCAAGAAAAUGAGGUUUCUAGGUCUCGAUAACACGAUCAGCUGGUAACAAAUGGGGUCACCACAUGCAGUUCUUUCCCGAAACCAUCAGCGACUCCGUCAGCGAAGUCUACGCAGAGAUGACGCACGCCUGCUUCGAGAUAUUGAUACAUGUAAGCCCAUACCACUGAAUUCUCAUGAAUCUGCCUGCACGAUGUCAAGUUUAGUUCCUGGGAACUUUGGGCCGCCUCUUCUUUUGCGUCAGAGCGCUCUUUUGAACCAAUAAUCUAGAGCAAGGCAAGAAGUUUCCCCACAGAUCGGAAGUCGUCUCGGAAGUCACACUUUCUGAUGGUCUGAAUACCCUGGUCGUGGGAAUAAGACCGAGUCAUCGUCACCAUUUGAUUAAUUAACACAUUUAUGAGUGAGAAGUAAUUCGACUUGUUUUCAAAGUGUCUUACUUGGGUAAAGACGGCAAAUAAUGUAUUUUCGUUUAUUGAUUCUGGUUAUGUCACCCUUAAAGCUGUCCACGUACUGAAAAAGCUGCCACAAAUACCGGUAUAGUCGCUGGUUCUCGGCCAGCAGGGUGAUGGUGGGCUUCUUUUCUCAGGUUCAGAAGGUGGAAAGCAGAGUUCAUGAGUUUUUUUCUAAGGUAAGGUAACUACAUUGUGUACAUGUAGGUUACCUUUUGAGUUGCAUGGGUGAUUUCCGAUACAGCCGUAUGGCAUGUUAAUCAAGCAGUAAUUUCCAUGCUGGAUAUCAACCCUGGGUAUGAGUUCACAGGUUCACCAAGUCUGAAUAUUCAAGAAUGUACCGUUGCUAUGACCUAUGCAACUCAUUCUGUUAGCUUUGCCUACUAAGUGACUGUAGAGUCCCAGUAGGCGACGGAAUUCUAGUGCAGCAGACAUAUCCUUCUUAUUUCCUCUGAAAGUAAAACAUCGCUCAAUUAGUACGAGGGUCCCUUCAAACAUGGACUUCUGUACUCGAGAAGACCAUGCUUCAACAAGAACUAGUAUAAACCAUGCUCAUCGGACCCAUCAUACAUUGUAUUGGAUGUUCGUAUUCUUGAAAGUUCGUUUCUGUUUUUAUACAUUGCAAGCUCAGUGGUAGCUGAUUUAAUCUUGUAAUUGAAUCGACCCCGAAAUCGUAAACCAUCAUUAAGUAUGUCUCAUGCCGUUUCCAUUGCUCUAGAUGUGGAGAUUGACCUUCUCUCCUUACCCGACCCCACUCCGCAUGAUUUUAAAUUGAAUUUUUAUGUGGUAGGCCUACUUGCAACUUAACAGGCAUAUAGGCGUAUGUGCUCACAUUGAAUGUAAAUCACGUUGAUAGAAUUGCACUGAGACAUAGACAAGGUGUGGUUACAUGAUUUAUUAGAAACAAGAUAAAACAGAUAAGAUGAACAUUAAUAGGUUCAACCCGGUCUUCAUUCGGCACAUUCCGAUUCGUCUUGCAUUAACUGGGUUUUUUCGUGCAAUAUUUAUGAUUUUAUUCAAUACUUGUGCCACUGCAUUAUUAUCGAGCAGUCAUAAGUUAGUGCCGAUCCGGGUUCGGACUAGUCACUCAGUGUAUUCCUAAACCUCUCUAUAAUGUCCACUCGAGCCUGAUGGUCUGUAUGCCGUGUAUCCGAGAGGGUUAAUCACUACCAGACAGUUGGAAAUUCCUGCGUUCACGUCAGCCACCACAUCAUGUUAAUUACUCUAAUUAUCAAGCCUUACUUAUAUCAAAAACUACUGACGUCGGCUUUUCUUUCUAUAGUAAGUAGGCCGCUAUAUGAAGUCUUGUCUCGGUUUGGCCAGCACUUGGGUGACACUUUCUCUCCGACUUUCCCACUAAACUGAUGAUAAUUCUUAUGUCUCUCCGUGCAUUGGCCAUGUUGUACAGAUAUGAAGGAGAUAUAUUAGUUUAUAAAUGCAUUGGCUAUUGUAAUAAACCCAAGUCGAGAUGAUUUCUCUCCACUUUGAGUCAACACUUCUCUUGUUGAAAAUCAGCAUUACAAUUAAUGUUUAUUUUGUAUUUUUCUUUCUUUUAGACUUCAUCACUUGUUGUCACAGCAUAAUGUAUUUAUUAAAUUUCAUCUCACAACUUCAUGUACUCAUAAUACGUCCUUUCAUUACAAGGGCCAGAUACGUGGACGAAAGCCCACUAGCACUGUCCAUUUAGUUUGCCUCUUGUAACAUGAAUGGCCUCCAUGAUCGAGACGUGGGUUCACAACUCCAAUGGUUCUCCAUUUUUGUAUAAGAAAUAUGUAUCAUAAGUCGAUUAAUUUCAUCGUGAAGUCAGAAUAAUGGGGGACAAAGCAUCGGUAAAGUUUCCAUUAUUCCGAGACAUUGUCACAACCACGCUGUCAAUCAUCAAUGACAUAUACAUUGUACACAUUGACAAAGACACACAAAAAACGUAUUAUUACGACAUAUCAAUGGUCGGAAAUGUUUUGUUAGCUGUUUGUUCCACUCCUGAACAGGACUUGAUUGGCUUGAGAGCCUGGCUGCAUGCGGUAAGAAAUCAAGCUCGUCCACAAGGGUGCGGCUAUUGCCGCUGUUGUUGUUGAGAUGGGUGCUCCUUCCGUAAAUCAAAGUGUUUUUGAAGUACACUAAACUGUUUAUACUUUUAUAACUUGUGUGAAUGGACAGCGUCACCAAUGUUUGUGGCUGCGUGCGUGAUAUUUGAGUGUUUUGUACAAGUAGAAAGAUAAAGAAGAAUCAUUUAAGAAAUAAACCAAUGUAUUCAGCGAUUAA